UCUAUUAUGCCCCUCGUUACCUUGCUUCACUUCCUGCGUGGCUUCGGUUUCUCCUACGGGCAUCGGAGUUCGGAAAACGAACGAGACAAGCAAUCAGAUGCUCGGACCCUUCUCCAAUCUAUUCUGAGUUUUCUUGGAUUCAGAUCGAAGAACUUUUGAAUUCUAGCUUCUCUUUCAUGCUCAGAUAGUUUCCAAAAUACCUUUUCUUAGAAUUCGACAUGGAACGGAUCGUCGGCGGCAAGUACAAGCUCGGCCGCAAGAUCGGAAGCGGAUCCUUUGGCGAAAUUUACCUCGCUACUCAUGUCGAUACCUUCGAGAUACUUGCGGUGAAAAUUGAGAACAGUAAAACCAAGCACCCACAGCUGCUAUACGAGGCAAAACUGUAUCAUGUUCUUCAAGGAGGAAGUGGAAUUCCUAGCAUAAGAUGGUCUGGUGUCGAUGGGGAGGACAAUGUGCUAGUUCUUGAUUUGUUGGGACCCAGUCUUGAAGAUCUGUUUGCGUAUUGUGGAAGAAAGUUUUCGUUGAAGACUGUCUUAAUAUUAGCUGAUCAAAUGAUCACGAGAAUAGAGUACGUUCAUUCUAAGGGUUUUUUGCACAGAGAUAUAAAACCUGAUAACUUUCUCAUGGGACUUGGUCGGAAGGCCAAUCAGGUUUACAUGAUUGAUUUUGGUCUUGCAAAACGAUAUCGGGAUCCCACAACCAAUCAUCACAUUCCUUACCGGGAGAACAAAAACCUAACAGGCACUGCACGUUAUGCAAGCUGUAAUACUCACCUUGGUAUUGAGCAAAGCCGCCGAGAUGAUUUGGAGUCACUAGGAUAUGUGCUUUUGUACUUCCUUAGAGGAAGCCUUCCUUGGCAAGGUCUAAAGGCUGCAACAAAGAAGCAAAAAUAUGAUAAAAUUUGUGAAAAGAAAGUAUCAACUCCUAUUGAGGUCCUAAGCAAAUCUCAUCCUGUAGAGUUUACUUCGUACUUCCAUUAUUGCCACUCUUUGAUGUUUGACCAGCGACCUGAUUAUGGAUUUUUGAAGCGUCUAUUCCUGGACCUAUUUGCCCGACAAGGUUUUGAAUUUGAUUAUGUAUUUGAUUGGACCAUUUUAAAGUACCAGCAGACACAAAAGAGUAAAGUUCAGCCUCACUCACCUUCAGCUCCUAGAGCAAGCAACAAUUGUACAAAGCCAACGGCUGCUGAAAAUCUUCAUGGUGUUUGUGCUUAUUCAGGGGAUGUCUUGGAGCACGUGAGACCUGACAAUGCUACUGGUUCUGGUGUUAAGAUGCAGUUCAAAUCACCAGCAGGCAAAAAUGUAGGUGCUAGUAAUCCUAUUGACAGGAAUAUUUUUGAAGAUGCAAAUAUGGCUUCUACUUCAUAUUCACAUGCUGGUACCUUGAAGCGGAACUCCUUGAAGCCUGCCUUGACUACUGAAGCUGCAAACCCUGGUCAUGGGCAAGGCAGUAAAAAUUGGUCCUUCAAGUAGCUGGAUUUCAUUGCUGCAAUGCACACCUUGGCCAAAUGAAUGAUCUAUAUGCUUUGAAUGAGGUCAUGAAGACUCAGCACAUAUAUAUGAAGCUGCAAAUGUGUGGUGGUUUUGAGAUGUUUCUAUUUUUCAAAUGUUUGGUCAAAUAUUUUGGUGAUCCAUCAAUGGAGACUGCAACUGUGCUGCAAAGUUGAAAAAUUGUUUGCAAUUACCAGGUUCUCAAGAAUAUAAACAAUACAAAUCUGAGGAAAAAAGUUUUGGUUGAAAGAUCUCUGAAAUAAUGGUUUUCUGAGAGAUAUCAAAGGUUUGGGGCUUUUAUUUUACACCUACAAACAUUUCAUUGCUUUCCUGUCUUUAAUUUAGGCGCAUGAGUUUACUCAAUUGUUGAGAGCUUUAUCUCAUUAUUUUAAUAGUCAUCAUCAGCUGUUGUCUUGAUAUUGUUAUUUAAAGAAGGAUCUUCGCAUUGUGUGUUGGAAAGAUCAGGGACUUGAUCGAGAUAAAUGUCAACUUUCUUAACUUAGUAUGUUCUAAUUUUUUUUUUUUUUUCCCGGUCCAAUACAACCAAGAUGAUCCAGAAGCACUAAUUUACUUGUAGGUGGCACUUACUUUGACACUUGGCCUGCUUAUUUUGUGUGCUCAGUCUCGAGACCAAUGAAUACAGUCUGGUUUUAUUUCAGUCAAGUUCAAGGACUCUUUUCCAAAAAACAUUAUCUGCAGGACUAUUUAUGACAGAAAAUUGCCUUUUAUAUGAAUGCUACUAUGAGCACGUCCAUGCUGCUACCUCUUGUGAAUAAUUCUGCAUAACAGAGCUGUCUGGAAGGGAAUACCUUGAGGAAAUAAUGAUUCCAGCAUUUGUCCAUCACAUCGUCUUUUAAGCAUGUUCUGGCUACUUAAUAAUUCGAUGCGGAUUCUGUAGGUUUGGAAGUGGCCACCAAUUACAUCAAGGAACAACAUAGUUGGGGUGUUUGUGGGCUUGAAUAAGGAACGAAUUUGCUACUUCAUGUUAUUACUGUGUCCAUGGUGUGGUGCGUUAGAUACCCUAGGAAAUUCUGCAAAACUCCUGGUAUUGGAUAUUUUGUCCGACACCUUUAAUUGAGGGAUCAAAGUAGUUAUUGAUUGUCUGUCACUUCCAUGCAUUUUGAAACCCUCAAGUGGAAGUUUUGAAUCCUUGGAAUCUGAGAAUGGAUUUUUUGUGUAGAGAGACAGUGACAGAUUCGAUCACUGAUUGACUGCUCUAGGAUGUCUGGGGGCUUUGUAAUAAGCUUGAAAUAACAGCUGGUUUUUGUCAUGAAUGUUGACUUCCAGAGGUCUUUUGGAAAAAAAAAAAAAAAAAAAAGAUCAGUGAUUGCUAUUUAAUUUUUCUGUGACGAUGUCACCGUUCUAUUUCAGUUGAUGAUAGGAUGUGUUCUCAUUCUCUGUUUGGCGCUGAAUCUGGGUCGCUCUCGAAGGGCAAACAAUGAGCAAGAUUUAGAUUCUAUGGUCUUAACGUCAACGAUCAUUUUUCCUGGAUAGAUGAUGCUUGGGGAUCCAUUUGUAAGCAAGAUUACCUACAGCUUAAUGAUGAUCCUGCCAUUCCCUUAUCAGCCAGAUUUCUGUCUUGAUUUUGUUGAUUAGAUUCACUUCAUAUGUAAAAGUAGGGCUUUUUUUUUUGGCCUUUUAUAUUAUGAUUAUAUGAUCAAGUCAAAUUUAAGUAUUGUCAUACUCAAUUGAAGGCAGUUCUUUCUGCAUUCACAGACUUGAACUCAAAAUCUCGUAUUUAAGUGAUGCUAGCUUCUGUUAAGAGGACCGAUGCCUCUUCGUCUACGUGUGGAAAACUUGAAGGCAGCUCAGCUUGUUCUUUACACAAUCACUAAACAAGUUUAUCAUGUUGGGCGGAGCGCAUUAAUAUGGUGGAUAGGAACAUAUAUGGCAUAUUCGGAGGUGUUUUGAAAUUAAAUCAGUAAAAAUUUCCAACUCGAGAUAAAACCCAGGUGGUGACACUGACUGGCUCGAGCCUUGAGAAGUUGCCCAGAUUCAGUUAAAGAAAUUGCGUGUAAAAUGUUAAGUAGAUUCAGAUUUGAAGAAGAAACUACCGGAGGGGUUGUUUCCAGUUUAAAGUCACUGUUUGAUAAUUAAAGUCUUGAAAUUUACGGGCAACAA